GUGCACAAGCUCGAAGCGUCAAACAAUUCAGAAAUUGAAAAGACCUUAGAGCUGAUAAGAUCGAGCGUCCUUCUAAUCGGGGGGAGAGAGAGAGAGAGAGACGGCGCGUGAGCUUGAGGCCGGGUAAUGGCUUGGAGGCAACUCCUUACGCAGGUUGGUAAGAGGCACUUAAAGUGCCCUAUUUCUCACAAAUUAAGUGGUCAUCCAUCUCCUAACUUGUACAAGGUCGACAAUGGAAGUCAUCUUGGAAAUUAUCAUGAAAGAUGGCAAUCAAGUUAUGCUGGUGCUUUUUCUCGUAGGCUACAUGAUGCAGAUUCACCUAGCGAUAUGACUCUACUUAAAGAACUUUAUAGAAGAGAUCCAGAAGGGGUUAUUCGGCUAUUUGAAAGUCGGCCUUCAUUACAUUCUAACCCUGCUGCCCUUGCUGAGUAUGUUAAAGCGUUAGUUAAGGUUGACAGGCUCGAUGAAAGCUCAUUGCUAAAAACACUACAAAGAGGUAUGGCUGAUUCGUUGAGGAACGAGGAGAGCAUCAGCAAUAUUCCAGGCUUGAAGAAACGGGGUUUAGCAACUAAAGAGGGGGUUCUUGGGACUGCAAAUUCUCCGAUUCACAUGGUGACAGCAGAAACCAGUAAUUUUAAAGAGCAAUUAUGGCGCACAUUUCGCACUAUUGCACUUACCUUUCUUGUGAUUUCUGGGGUUGGUGCGCUUAUUGAGGAUAGAGGAAUUAGCAAAGGGCUUGGACUGCAUGAGGAGGUGCAGCCAAUCAUGGAUUCUAGCACAAAAUUUCUUGAUGUAAAGGGAGUUGAUGAGGCUAAAGCUGAAUUAGAGGAAAUUGUCCAUUACCUUCGGGAUCCUAUGCGUUUCACUUGCUUAGGUGGGAAGCUUCCAAAAGGCGUCCUCCUUGUUGGUCCCCCUGGCACUGGAAAGACCAUGUUAGCUCGGGCUAUUGCAGGAGAAGCUGGAGUUCCCUUUUUCUCUUGUAGUGGAAGCGAGUUUGAAGAGAUGUUUGUUGGCGUAGGAGCAAGGAGGGUUAGGGACCUUUUCGCCGCAGCUAAAAAGCGGUCUCCCUGUAUAAUUUUUAUUGAUGAGAUCGAUGCAAUUGGUGGAAGUCGUAAUCCAAAGGAUCAGCAGUACAUGAAGAUGACACUUAAUCAAUUGCUUGUUGAACUUGAUGGUUUUAAGCAAAACGAGGGGAUUAUUGUCAUCGCCGCAACAAACUUUCCAGAGUCAUUGGACAAGGCACUGGUGAGGCCUGGGCGUUUCGAUCGUCAUAUUGUUGUCCCGAAUCCAGAUGUCGAGGGUCGAAGACAGAUUAUGGAAUCCCAUAUGUCUAAGAUCUUGAAGGCAGAUGACGUCGACUUGUCAAUCAUAGCAAGAGGCACGCCCGGUUUCUCGGGCGCCGACCUUGCAAACCUGGUUAACAUGGCUGCUCUCAAGGCUGCCAUGGAUGGGGCCAAAGCUGUCACCAUGGCUGAUCUUGAAUACGCAAAAGACAAGAUAAUGAUGGGUAGCGAGCGCAAAUCUGCCGUGAUUUCCGACGAGUCGAAGAAGCUAACUGCAUACCACGAAGGCGGUCAUGCUCUUGUCGCCAUUCAUACCGAUGGCGCUCUCCCCGUCCACAAGGCUACGAUCGUGCCCCGUGGAAUGGCUCUUGGUAUGGUCGCCCAGUUGCCCGACAAGGAUGAGACGAGCCUCUCUCUAAAGCAAAUGCUCGCACGGCUUGAUGUCUGCAUGGGUGGACGCGUUGCGGAAGAGCUUAUAUUUGGGGAGAACGAAAUCACUUCUGGAGCUUCGUCGGAUCUUCAACAAGCGACCUCCAUUGCUAGAGCCAUGGUGACAAAGUAUGGGAUGAGCAAGGAGGUGGGAGUUGUUGCGCAUAACUAUGAUGAUAAUGGGAAGAGCAUGAGCACAGAGACGAGGCUUUUGAUUGAGAAAGAGGUGAAGCAGUUCCUGGAGCGGGCGUAUCACAAUGCAAAAACUAUUCUGUCUAAUCAUAACAAAGAGUUGCAUGCUUUAGCCAAUGCUCUAUUGGAGAAGGAAACUUUAACUGGAGCUCAGAUCAAGCAUUUGCUUGCUCAGGUUAACUCGCAGCAGCAAGCGGCGGUAAUUCCGUUGCAGCAGAAUUCAACGAUGCCGGCAGCAUCUUCGCAACCUUCAGCUGCGGCGGCGGCGGUGGCAGCUGCUUCUGCAGCGGUGAAAGCGAAGGGGGUUGCACAACCAGUAGUGGGAUCUUAGAGCACAAAUUUUACAGGCUGUUGUGUGUAUAUUUGAUUAAAUUUGGUGGUUCUCUUGCAUCAUGGAGGCUACAGGCUUGAAAGCAUCACGAGAGAGGUGAUUCUAAUAUCCAUUUUCAUUUUUUCAGGCAUGUGUAUUUAACCAAGUUUACACUUCACACUUAUUUAAACAUAGAAUCAAAGGGAUUUUGCAUUGUAUUAUGACUGGAAA